AUGGCCGUCCAGAUGAUCCUCGAGGUGGUCUUCCUUGUCCGUGUGGACCUCGCGAUCUUCGCGAGCUUGCUCCUCCUGAACUGGCUCGCCCUCGCCAGCUACCGCCGCCGAGUGGCGAAGAGCGUGCGUGCGGCUGGCAAGGACCAGGGCGCCUGCGCAGCGGCAGCCGCGGACCCCGCGGGGCCGGACGGCCAGCCCGAGAGGCGGGGGGUCCCCUUGGCCAGGCGCGUGAGGCCGCUGCUGCAGGGCCGCGCGGCCGCCGAGGCGCUGACCGCCGAGCUCUCGGAGGCGCUCAGGGGCCGCCCCGCGGCGGACGCGGAGGCGUCGCUGGGCGCUCUGCUGGCGCACCUCGGCCAGCCGGCGCCGGCGGAGCUGCUGGACGGCGUCCGCGGCGCGCUGCGCGGCCUGGGCCGGCGCCCCUCGGCGCUGCUGGCGGACCUGCUGCUGCGCGGCUACCUGGGCCUCCGCCUCGGCGGCGAGUUCGGCGAGGCUCUCCGCGAGCUGUGCCCCGAGGGCAGCGCCCCGCCCGCCGUGCUGCUGGUGGGCGUCGAGGCGGCCGUCGGAGCGGGCGACCUCGACGAGGCGCUCGCGCGGCUGGGCCGCUGCCCCGCCCUGGGCGCCGCGCCGCGCGGCGCGCGGCGCGAGGCCCCCGUGCGGGGGCUGCUGCGGCUGGCGGCGGAGCGGGGCCGCGUCGCCGAGCUGCUGCAGAGGCUGUCGGCCGCGGGGCAGUUGCGGCCCAGCGCCGUGGAGGCGAUGCUGGCGGAGUGCGCCAGUGCGGCGCACCCGGCCGCCGCGCGCCUCGUGGAGGGCGCGGCGCGUGACGAGGGCGUGGAGCUCACGGCAGAGGCGCUGGCGGCACUGGUCCGCCUCAGCGGGGACGCGGAGAGCGUCAGGUGCCUCUUCGCGGAGGCCAUCCGCAGGGGGGUCUGGUGCAAGAGCCUGUUCCUGCUGGCCGCAGAGGUCGCGGCCUGCCACGCCGACCGGGCCCUGGCCAGCAAGGUCGUGAAGAACCUGCCCACGCGCAUCGAGGCCGAGGUCGCGGCCAUGGCCAUCGGCCUCAUCGCCCAGGGGCUCUGCGGCGGGCGGGCCAGCCCACACGACGCGGUACUUGCCUUCUACGAGUCCCGCUGCCAGGGCGUCGACAUCCUCCCGCACUUGGGCGCGUCGCGGGCAGUGGCCGAGGCUGCACUCCAGCGGAGCCGCUUACGGGUGCUCGACCGGUUGCUGGCGGAGUCUCUCGAGGACGAGCCACAUGCGGCGCUCAUGCAGAGCUUGGCUGAAGGACGCCAGCUGAAGGCCGUGCAGGCGAUCUUCAACUCCUGCCCCCGGAAGAACGCUCGCAUACACAAGGCGUUUCUCGACGCGUGCCUGAAGGCGGAGGACCUCGACGCAGCUCAGCGGGUCCUGGAGAUGGCGCAGCAGACCAUGGCAGCCGACGGGGAGAGCUUCACAUGGCUGAUCCAGGCCUUGUGCAGCGCUGGCAGGUCGCACCAGGCGUGCCGAGUUUUGGACUCGAUGCGUUCAGAAGGUUAUGAGCCCGGCCAUGCGCUGUACACGGUCCUGGUCGAGGCUGUAGCCAAGCACGGCGAGGACAUGGAGGACGCAUGGAAGUUGGUGGACGAGAUGCGGGCCGCCGCCCUGCCCAUCGGGCGUGACCUCUGCCUCGCGCUGCUCCGUGGGGUGGGGCGCGCGCAGGGCCGCGGCGAAGGCGCGGACGCGGCGCGGGCGCUGAGGGCCGUGGACGAGCUGGGCGGCGCUGUGGACGAGCAGCUGCUGGUGGCCCUGCUCGACGCCCUGGUGCGCGCGCGGCGCGACGACCUGGUGGCGGCGCAGCUGCGUCGGCUCCCGGAGCCCCGCAGCGCCCGCGGCUUCGCGAGCGUGAUCCGCGCGCGGGGCCUUGUCCGCGACGUGAACGGGGCGAGGCAGGCGUGGCGCAGGAUGUGCCAGCUUCGCGUCCCCCCGGAGCGCGACACCCACACCUGCCUCGUGGAGGCCCUCGUGUCCUGCCUCGGCCCGCGGGCCGGGCUUGCCCAGAUCCGCUCCUCGUUCGGCCUCGAGGAAUCGCGGUGGCUGGUGGCAGCAGACGCCAGCAACCUGGUGCUGGAGGGGUACGCCAAGGAAGGCAACUAUGCCGCUGUCUGGGGCGCGUACAAGGAGAUGCGAGGGGAGCGAUUUCCACUGUCGGUCGGCACCUUCAACACACUCGUGCGCGCCUGUGCGACGGGCGGCGAGAUGUGGCGCGCUCCAGGCCUGCUGGACGACAUGCACAGGCACGGGUUCCAGCCAACCUCGGCCACCCACCGCCUCUUGCUCUCUGGGUACUGCCGGGAGGGCCUCGCCGAGCUGGCCUUCCAGAAGUACAAGGACCUGAGGCAGAUCUUCGGCGUCCGGCCGGACGAGAGGAUGCACGCAGACCUCCUGGACUGCUGCCUGCGGGCCCGCAAGCUCGACGUCGGACUCCGGCUGGUGGCGGAGAUGGAGCGGGACGCCCUGCCGGUGGGCGGCGUGUUGGUGCCGCUGAUCAAGCUGGCCGCGAGCUGCGGCCAGCUGCCGGAGGCCCUCCACCUGGCCGAGGAGGCCGCGCGCCGGCACCGCGUGGAGCUGGACGCGCCGCUGUACAACGUCCUCAUCGAGGCCUGCGUCGCCGGCGAGGCCCUGCCGGCGGCCCUCGGCGUGCUCCUGCGGAUGGCGCGGUCGUCGGCGCGGCCGACUGCGCAGACCUACGCGCAGCUCAUCGCCGGCGCCGUGCUGGCGGGCAGAGCGGAGGAGACCGCGGCCCUCGUGCGCCUCGCCACGGGGUGCUUCGCCCCCGGGGACCCGCCGAAGGCGCCCCUGCUGCCCGGCCUGCGCUCGAGCGAGGCGGCCGCGCUGGAGAUCCCCGGGGGCCCCCCGCGUGGGCUGCUCGAGGAGGCGCUCGGCGGCCUCGCGGCGCUGCCGGGCGCGGGCAGCGAGGCCGCCCCCGCGCUGUUCCGGGACCUGUGCGCCGCGGGGCGCCUGUGA